GUAACAAAUUGGAGACUAAAGCAAUUUUGCUUUCAAAAAAUAAAAAUAAAUAAAUAAACGUAGCUAUUUCCAACUACAAUGAGAAUGAGGCAAAUUGGCAAAAAAGCAAACAUCCAACUUUAAAAACCCCCCAAAAAAAAAAUUCUGAACUACUCACGUUCUAACUUUCCGUCUGCUCCCCUCAUUUGAAGCAAAAAUCUAUCUAUGCAUCCAAAAUCCAAAGUCCAAACCUAAUUAUAACAGCAUGAUCGAUCCAUCCACUGUACGGCAGAGCCGUCGAUUUUGACCGGCUUCUCCGAUCUUCCCUAAUAGCUCCAUCGGCUCCGCCGAUUCACUGCCGCCGAUCAAAUUCCUCGAUCUCCUCCAAUUUCGCGAUCAAUCGGCGACGGAGUGAUUUUGCCAGCACAAAAGCAUCAUGAUGCAGCGCCUGAGUAUAUAGAACCGAGUCUUCUCUUGCUUGGCCACGACCAAGCACCGCUUCCGGAGGCCAGAUUUCCGGCUGGAUCGCCGGCGAGAAGGGAAAAAGUAUGAGAACAGAGUCAUGAUGAUGAUGAUGAACGGAUUCGGAUAAUCGGGUCGGAGCUUGGGAAUUUGACGGAGAGAAUUGAAUGAUGAGGGGUUGCGGUUUGGGCGUUAUUUAUAUAUAGGGAGGGGGAACUCUUUUUGAAAUAGGAAAUUAAUUCCCCUUUCCCGGUCAUUCUGAUCAAUAUUUCUAGGACUGUGAUUUCCAGAUCCGGCUGGUGGCCGCUGUUCAUCUAGCCGCGGCAAAUCCAUCUGCUAAUCGGCGGGUUUCUGCGUUUCAUACUCCCUAAAGUUUAACCAUGGCGUACAAUCAUUACUGUCACCAUUUGUCUCAAAAGCUCUCCUUUUCUGCGUUUCAUCCCAACGGGAAUUCCUCAUUUACUCUCCCACCUCGCAUUCCCUCGAGCUGCCCUUAUCGACGAUUCGCCGUUUCAGUCUCGUCCGGCGGCGGAGAGGCUGCCGGCGUCAGAUUCACUUGGGACGAUGUGUCUCGAGUCUCUAAUUCUCCUGGAUAUCACUCUUCUGACCUGCAAUGCUUCUUCGAUAAAGUUAAUCUCUGUAAUCAGAAUUCGGAAAGUCAGAAUGAGUUCACGCCAUUUGUUGUGGAGAAUGCAAUAGUUGGAUAUGUUCACAAUAGGUUUGCAGAUAAGCUGAGGAAAUUUGAAAACGUGUUUGUUUUCCCUAAUGGCAGUUCUUAUGGAAGCUGUUUUGAGUGCCAUGUUACAUUAAAUCCGAUGCUUCAAACACCUGAGGAUAGGACUGCUGCUGUUGAUGUAGUAGUUAAGUCUUUAGGGGAAGAACUGAUUCCAGGUAUACGGAAUGAGUUAUUUCCAGUGACACCAUCUUUUGAUACACCAGCAUUUUUCUCAUUGGAAAGAGCUGCAGCACCAUACUUUGGGAUAAAGGCUUAUGGAGUUCAUAUGAAUGGGUAUGUUGAAAAAAGCGGGCAGAAAUUUCUCUGGGUAGGAAAGAGAAGUGACAACAAAGCCACAUAUCCUGGAAUGCUUGAUCAUCUAGUUGCUGGAGGACUGCCACAUGGGAUCUCUUGUGGAGAGAAUCUUGUGAAAGAAUGCAAAGAAGAAGCAGGCAUUCCAAGAUCUCUUUCCAUCCAAGCUACACCAGUAGGAGCCGUGUCAUACAGUGACAUAGACGGAUAUAGGUUCAAGAGAGACGUCCUCUUUUGCUAUGAUCUCAAGCUUCCUGAAAGCUUUAUUCCCAGUAAUGAAGAUGGGGAGGUCGAAAGCGUUAGACUGGUGUCCAUAUCUGACGUUGCAAAUAUAAUAAUGAGGACUUCGUAUUUCAAAGCAAACUGCAAUCUUGUUAUCAUUGAUUUUCUUAUACGGCAUGGGUAUAUUAAGCCUGAAGAACUUGGAUACUUAAAGCUACUUCAAAGCUUGAGAAGUGGAGAUUGCUCCUGAGAAACCUGUUUCUUCUUCUUUACCUGCUAAUUUUUGUAGAGAGGCAAGAGUCAAAUUCUCUGUAAUUGUAUCUGCCUGAAAUCAUCAAUAAACACAUCUAGCCGCCGUGGAAGUUUACUCACGGGGUGUUACCACGUUAUUUCACGUGUUUCACUUUCUCUCUACUUUUACUCUCUCGUUUUUUCUUCACCUUCUUCAUCGGAUUUCUGUGAGUGUUCUUGAUUUGAUCCUAACAGAACCUUGUUGAAAUGAAUUAGAACAAAGUCAUUUGAAGAGUUUACUUGACACUUUACAGACAAUAUUUUUUAGAAUGUGGACAAUUAAUUCCAGACGAAGGAAGUUUUAAAAUGUCAUGGAAGCCUUUUUUUUUUUUAAUAUUGCCUUCGUUAAAAAAAACUUUAAAACUGAUUGGGUGCUGUGAUGUGUUGUUGGUUUUCCUGUAGUAGGCAGUGGCGGUGCUGGACAAUGGCAGGAGGCAGCUAGCGGCGGAGGAGGUGUCGAAGGUGGCAACCAGCGGUGUAGGAGUGAUGUUGACGCCUUAACGGCGGCAGAGGAAGUGUAGUCUUUUUCUUAAUAUUCCCUUAAAGUUUACUCUCUUUAUGUCCCUUACAUUAUUGAUUAGUACUUCAAGAAAUAAUGUUAUUUAGU